UCGAUGGCAGGGAGAUGCACGAAAGUUACGCCCAAAACGUCGAUGCCUCCUCGAUGCCAAUGGCGACAGCCGUUUCGGUUUCGUUUAGCUCUUUACCUUCGGAGGGGGGUGCUAUAAGCUUCGAUCACCCGCCUUCACAGCUGAAUUCGUCGGUCAGCUUUCGACCGGCCUCUAGCGGCGGCGCGUAUCACGACGCGGAGCCACCUCCCAAGAAGCAACGCGUUAUACCGCCCGAAGUCGGUGCCAAAGGGCCCUGGCAGUCCAUUUCGGAAUGUAUAGAGGCUUACAUCUUGCCUGCCGUCGAUCAACAAGUAUCCUGCUUGUCUGACACCGGAUUGCAGCUGGGGGACUUGGAGGACAUAUCGGACAAGGUCGUCGAUCGGAUUACCAACGACCCUCGCUUUAAAACCGAAUAUGUCCUCAGUCGCGGCCAUUUAACCCUUUCAUGCCAGCGCCUUCUCACCGAACAGAUCGCAGAUGAGGUAAACAGGCUAAGCGAGCAGCGCGUACCAUCGAACUCUCCAGAUGAGGAGCUCCAGCGCAGCGUCACACCAACAGCGCCGGGACCUGAAUUUACUACUACAAUCCGCUUAGCAACACCACCGUGUCUCACCCCAACUAGAGAUCGGCCUUUGCCUUCCAUCGAAACCCCUAACGCGCCACACGUCGCCACUCCUUCCGCUACCCCAAACGCCAGGAGGCAAACGGCCCGGGCCUCGGAAACAGGAAACCAUGUUUCACCGCUAAAAUACCGACGGCAAGCGAGGGCUCUUGCCUGGAAAUACCCAGAAGCACAAAAAUCGAGGCUGUCCUCCACUGGCUCGCAGCAGCCCAGAGGAAAGAGCAAGAAAAGACAUACUUAUCUUUCGUUACCUCGACUGCCUUAUCUGAAAGCUAGUGAUAGGAAGCGUAUUUUGCGCGGUUCUGCCGAAUUCUUUCUCCUCCUGCGACCACCUCCGCACCUGGACCAGGGCGACUCUAUAUACCAUGUCGAUUUCACACGCGAGGAAUCGGAGACGGCCUGGCGGAUAGCACGGGAACUCCGACACCAGAGAGAUGCGGCCACGUCGGCAUCGCCUGGAGAGCUCGAGUCUUUUUGGACGAGUCAGCGAGGCGCGGACCUGGCGGCGCUCGCCAAACAGAUCUGUCUUCGGGAUGGACUGGAGCGGCGGGACGAAGAUGCCGUCCUGAACUUCCUCGAAGACCAAACACGAAGUCAGACGAAUGCGGUUGCGACAGCUCUUUCCCUCGAACUCGACGAGCUCGACAAGCAGGGCGAAGUGGUCCGGAGGAGCCGUUUGCCGUCCUUGCUACUCACGCGCGAGAUGGAGGGGGGAAGGGGCUUUGGGAGGAUGCGCCGGCUGGUCAACUUUACCAACGAGUUUAGGAAGCUUCGUGAGGAUGACCUGGAGCUUCAUGCCGAAUGGACCGGUUGCGCGGGCGACAUUGCCACGAUCACCUGGGUGUCGAACAAUGGGUACCUCUGUGGUACGACCGCACACUCCGACGCCCACAAUCAGCAGUACAAUAAGCCCGGGAAUUUGCUUCUCGGCUCGCCGUCCCUGGGCUCUCUGCGAGGCUAUCCGCAACAUCGCAUCGUCCGGCCUCUCGUCGAGAAAGGCGAGAAUGCAUCUGAGGCUAUGAGGGAAAGCCAGGACCCCUGGCUCUAUUGCUCUGUCGUCUCGUCUGAUUACGAUGCUGCCCAUGAUAGGGCUUUCACUUCGAGCUUUGAUAAGACUGUCAAGGUGUGGAAAGUCGACAAGAAUGGCGCCGCUAUGGAACUACUUGGCACCUGGCCCCACGAGGGCAAUGUAAACUUCGUUGCGGCGUCGAAGAACGGGUCGGGACUCGUGGCGACGGCAGCCGACGUCCCUUCCGAGGCUGUUCGGGUAUACUAUGUAACGGAUGGCGAUGUGUCUUCGAGCCCCUACAGGACGUUUUCUGGCAGCCGGACUUGGAACGAGGAUGACAAGAACACGCAAGAAACGCAGAAAUGGGCGUACUACCCGGCAACGAUGCAGUGGGGAGUCGCUCCUGGAGUUCAGCACCUGCUCUUGGUGGGUUACUCGCCGCGCAGCUUCAGCAUUCACGACGAUGACAUACCGGAAGAAAAACGCCAGUCGGGGGAGAUAUGCUUGUGGGACUGCAUCACGGGCGAGCGGCGUAAGGUUUUGACGGCGACCACGCAGAACGUCUUCGAGGUGGCAUGGCAUCCCACCCAGCCCGGUUUCAUCGUUGCUACGUCGCCUGCGGGCCUCCAUGUCGAUGAGCACGUGCGCACCCAAAUUCGCGUUUUCCGGCCAACCGACUCGCCGGACGAGAUCGGGGCCUUUACCGAGGUGCAAUGUCUAGACUGCACCGCGGCCGAUAUUAACGAGCUCACCAUCAUGCCCUGCAGCAUGUCUCAUUGCUAUAUUACCGCUGCGGCUACCGAUGGCAACGUAUAUGUUUGGGACACGGCCCGCGGCGACGACCCCAUCCACGUGCUUUGCCACGACGUCCCGGUGGAAGAGUCAUCCGGCGAUUUUUACGAGCGGGAACGGGAUGACACGGGAGUGAAGUUCACGGCAUGGGGCACGUCGCAGGACCGGUUCUACACGGGAGGUUCUGACGGCAUGGUCAAAGUGUGGAACGUGCGAAACCUGAGGAACCCACUCGUCCGCGACCUGCUCGAGGCCCCUGGGCCCAUCUCCUUCGGCGCCUUUUCCCCCGAUCGCUCCAAGUUGGCCAUCGGCGACGCCACGGGCCGCGUCUUCUUGCUCUCCGUGGACGAAGCCGACCAGCAGCCCGCCGACUGCGUCGAACUCGGCGCCUCCAGGGCGGGGCCCAUGGCGACGCUCACCACGUCCACGUCCACGUCCACGUCCAGGCGGCGACGACGUCCCAAGGGCUUCCAACCGCACGCGACGCCGCCGCCCCCGGAAGGCAUGGAGCCGACGUCCGGUCGCGCAGAGGCACGCAAAUACCUCGAGGCGGGCCAGUUGCGCAUCCACAAGAACCCCUGCAUCGGCGCCGUCCAGGGGGAGAGGUACCCGACCCUCGGCAUGUAUUACGCACAACUCCAUAAGGACGGCGACCCCCUGCAGCCGCUGGUGGGAUACGUGGACCAGGAGCAGAGGGAGAACGCGACCAUGUACAGUCAGAAGUUGCGCACGCUGCGGGCUCCCUUGCCGCCCUCGUCGGAUACGCUGGAGCGGCAUCGCUGGAAUGUCACGCGAGACCUCGACCUACGCGCUUUGCCAGCCCUAACGCAGCAGGAGCUUGAGGAAGACGGCGUUAGGCUAGAUGAUUUUUCCGACGAGGCAGCGUGGGACUUUGAAUAUGAGGAGGAGUGAAGACGACAGAGAUCUCUAUCAGCCUCACUCUAUCCUCCCUCCCCCCUUUAGGGGUCAUUAUAAUAUACUUACUAUAGUCGUGGCUCGACUUUAUUCUAUAUUCUAUCUGUUCUUUGGCUGUAGGAGGGUAGAGAGAAUAUAUUCACAUGGAGUAUUAUCCUGCUAUGAAUAUAGAUUUUUACACACGAGAUACAGAAACCCGCUAGGCCUAAGGAGACAGACCCUUUGUUUUUUUCCUAGAUUAUUAUAGGACUAGGAAAACACCUAAGGUUUCUUAGUCAGGGUAAUUAAUGCGGC